CAAGAUCAAGUUGGCAGUCCCACGACAAUUACACUUACGCAUACGAUUUUCGAUCCAUCUAUUUUCAAUAUAUUUUUGUGUUUUUGCCUUUGAAACUGCCCGAAUCGCAGCAUGUAGCUCUUGUGCAUACAUAUAAACGAGUACAUAAUGAAAGAAGUGGGCAUUGCGCUGCCCAAAUCGCGCGGCGUUGGCGUGGGCAUUGUGGGCGCAUUUCUGCUUAUUUUCAUUUUCUACUACUUUUAUGGGGGUUACAUGACACUUACGCUCUUUGCAGUCAUUCUAUUACUCAUUUUCUACCAUGCACAAGACCUGCUCUUGUAUCAUCCGGACUUGCCAACAAACUCACGCAUUUAUGUACCCAUCCCAACCAUGCAUAAUCUGCCACAUCUUACCGUUAGCAUUAAGACGCCCGAUGAUGUGACGUUGCACGCCUUCUGGAUCAGUCAGCCCGCGGAGCGUUGUAAAUCGGUGCCCACAUUGCUCUACUUCCAUGGCAACGCUGGCAACAUGGGGCAUCGGAUGCAAAAUGUCUGGGGCAUUUAUCAUCAUCUCCAUUGUAACAUCUUGAUGGUCGAGUAUCGUGGCUACGGCCUAUCGACGGGCGUACCUUCGGAACGUGGCCUGGUCACAGAUGCACGCGCUGCAAUUGAUUAUUUGCAAACACGGCACGACCUGGAUCAUUCACAGCUUAUACUCUUUGGUCGUUCAUUGGGCGGCGCCGUUGUAAUUGAUGCUGCCGCCGAUACUGUCUAUGGCCAAAAACUGAUGUGUGCCAUUGUGGAAAAUACGUUCACCAGCAUACGUGAUAUGGCCGUGGAGCUGGUGCAUCCAACUGUGAAAUACAUACCAAAUCUACUAUAUAAAAAUAAGUAUCAUUCACUUAAUAAGAUAAGCAAGUGCUCGGUACCUUUUCUAUUUAUAUCGGGCCUUGCGGAUAACCUUGUGCCACCGCACAUGAUGCGUGCCUUGUAUAAUAAUUGCGGUAGCGAACAGAAGCGUAUGAUUGAGCUCCCGGGAGGCUCACACAACGACACCUGGAUAGUGGAUGGUUACUACCAGAGUAUUGGAGGCUUUUUGCUUGAGCUACAACAACAGCCAUCUCCGUUGCAAAAACCGCCGGAAAAGAGCAAUGUUUGGAUAGAACUGGAACAUAAAAUUAUUGAUGUUUAA